UGGGCUCAGCGCAACAAGCUGUUGUAUUAAUCUGCACAUUUUCUCAGAUGACGCAAAGACUGUGCCUUUGCCUCCUGUUCUCUCUUCAUCUCCACAUCCUUCCGCUCAGGAUCUCCCCCGAUGCCUCGUUCUUGUUGGAUGGGAGACAGUGACACACCACAGGCAGGAUGACAAAUCAGCCGACAGCCAACCAGUCCAACACAAAAAAGGAGAAGGACAAAGAAGAAACCUCUCGAGAUGACAAUACUGAGCUUGCGUAUAAGGAUGCCGGCCACUGCAGCCGUAAUACUCACAACCUGCUCCUGGGACUCACUGUUCUUGGUGUCGUCAUGGGAGCAGUGUUUGGGAUGCUGUUGCGCUACAUGAUGGUUAAAGAUGCUGCUGCUCUCACCAUGAUUUCCUUUCCUGGAGAAAUCCUCAUGAGGAUGCUAAAGAUGCUCAUUUUGCCUCUAAUCAUCUCCAGCCUUAUUACUGGUCUCGCUGGUCUUGACGCUCGCUCCAGUGGAAGGAUGGGAAGCAGAGCCAUGGUGUACUACAUGUCCACCACUGUAAUAGCUGCAGUCUUGGGAGUGAUCCUGGUUCUGGGAAUUCACCCAGGGAACCCCAAACUGAGGGGCAGCACGUCAUCCACAGGAACAAAAAACCAGGAGGUCAGCAGCCUGGACGCCUUUCUGGACCUGAUCAGAAACCUCUUUCCGGAGAACCUGGUGCAGGCCUGCUUCCAACAGGUGCAGACGGUGUUGAAACAGGUGGCGGUGGCAGCACCGAACCAAACUGAGCCCAUAGUAGUAAACAGGAAAAAACUGGAAUACAAAUGGGGCAUGAAUGUUCUUGGCUUGAUUGGCUUCUUCAUCACCUUCGGGAUCUGUAUGGGCAGGAUGGGCGAGCGUGGGAGAAUCAUGUGCGACUUCUUCAGCAUCCUCAAUGAAAUCAUCAUGACGAUGGUUUCCAUGAUCAUGUGGUACUCUCCUGUCGGCAUCGCCUCUCUGAUUGCUGGUAAAAUUGCGGCUAUCGGGGACCUGGAGGUGGUUGCCAGGCAGCUGGGCAUGUACAUGGUGACCGUCAUGGUAGGCCUGGUGAUCCAUGGCGGGUUGAUCCUGCCCGCCAUCUUCUUUGCUAUCACCAGAAAAAGCCCAUUUGCUUUCUAUUCCGGCAUCUUCCAGGCUUGGAUCACAGCUUUAGGAACAGCCAGCAGUGCAGGGACACUGCCGGUUACCUUCCGCUGCCUGGAGGAAAACCUCAAGAUUGACAAGCGAGUGACUCGCUUCGUGCUUCCCAUAGGGGCCACCAUCAACAUGGAUGGCACAGCCUUGUAUGAGGCUGUGGCAGCCAUCUUUAUUGCCCAGAUGAACGACAUUGCACUGGAUGCUGGACAGAUUGUCACAGUCAGUAUGACCGCCACCCUGGCCAGCGUUGGAGCUGCCAGUAUUCCCAGUGCUGGACUGGUGACCAUGCUGCUGAUCCUGACUGCUGUCGGCCUGCCCACUCAGGACAUCAGUUUGCUGAUCGCUGUUGACUGGCUGCUAGACAGAAUGCGCACCUCCAUCAAUGUGGUGGGUGAUUCUUUUGGUGCUGGGAUCGUGGACCACUUGUCAAAGGCAGAACUUGCUGAACUUGAUGCGGCAGAAAUGCUCCCGACUGAGGAGGAGCUACUCUUCAUCCCUCCUCCGCCGAUCCUUACCGAAAUGGACCUGGUAGAUCCCCUCAAACCUCCUGAGCUGCCACCUCGUUCCCCUCGCCCACCUAAACAAAACCAUCACAGCCAUGUUCUCUCCCAGUCUGCCACGUACUCACCUUCAUGUUCUAUCCGAUCACCAUCCCCACACUCCGUGCGUUCUCCCUCUCCGCGAUCCGUCUGCUCCCAUUCCCCUCGCCCUUUCCGUACUCACUCGCCACGCCUCCUCCGCAGGACGGAGCCGGGCUACUCUGCCCUGCCUAGCCAUGAUAAUCAGAUUUCCACAUUACCACGAAGCUACAGGGAGUGGGACGGGGGACGUGACAGGCUCAGAGACAGGGAACGGGACAGAGAGCGAGACAGGGAACGGGACAGGGAACGGGAGCGACUGAGACCAGAGAGUGAAACAGAGGAGGAGGAGGACAGAGAGCGAGCUCUGGGCGAAGUGAGCGACGGUGAGGAAAGUGACGACACCGCUUACGAUCGACGGUGUGCCAUAUCACCGUGUGAUUUGCCGUGA